GGGAGGGAAAAUAAAAAUAAAAAAGCCAGCGCCCCGGAACACGGGGAGCGAAAUCGCCCGGCCAAUCCACCCACCCCAACCCCGACAUGGAGGCCGCCGCCGCGGCGCCCGUGCUCGACGCCUUCUUCGCCGGGCCGCGCCACCACCACCACCAGCUCCGCCCCACCGCCGCCGCCGGAGGCGGCUGCAGAUCCGCGCGCCUCCAGGCCCAGCCGUCCCGCGCCGCCGCCGCCCCCUACGCCCGCGCCGACUGGCAGGCCGCCUGCGCCAUCCUCGCCAGCAACUCCAGCGGAGGCAACGGCGGCAGCACCAGCAGCGCCGACGCCAGCAACAGCAAUAGCAGCAGCAAGCAGCCGGCGCCGCGGGUCAACGGGCAGGAGCCGCCGCGGCCGCCCGCGCUGGAGGCGACGCCGGCGCCGGUGCCCGCGGAGCUGGAUCUGGUGCCGGUCUCCAACCUGCCCCGGCCCCUCAGCAUCAGCGACCUGUCCCCGGCGCCGAUGCACGGGUCCCAGCUCCGCGUGGCGUACCAGGGCGUCCCGGGCGCCUACAGCGAGGCGGCGGCCGCCAAGGCCUACCCGGGCUGCGACGCCAUCCCCUGCGACCAGUUCGAGGUCGCCUUCCAGGCCGUCGAGCUCUGGAUCGCCGACCGCGCGGUGCUCCCCGUCGAGAACUCCCUCGGCGGCAGCAUCCACCGCAACUACGACCUCCUCCUCCGCCACCGCCUCCACAUCGUCGGCGAGGUCCAGCUCCCCGUCCACCACUGCCUCCUCGCGCUCCCGGGGGUGCGACGGGAGCUCCUCACCCGGGUCAUCUCGCACCCGCAGGCGCUCGCGCAGUGCGAGCUCACGCUCAACGCCAUGGGGCUCAACGUCGCCCGCGAAGCCUUCGACGACACCGCCGGCGCCGCCGAGCACGUCGCCGCGGGCGGGCUCCGCGACACCGCCGCCAUCGCGUCGGCGCGCGCCGCGGAGCUGUACGGGCUCCAGGUCCUCGCCGACGGCAUCCAGGACGACGCCAGCAACGUCACGCGCUUCGUCAUGCUGGCGCGGGAGCCCAUCAUCCCGCGCACCGACAGGCCCUUCAAGACCAGCAUCGUCUUCGCGCACGACAACGACGGCACCUCCAUCCUCUUCAAGGUGCUCUCGGCGUUCGCCUUCCGCGACAUCUCGCUCACCAAGAUCGAGAGCAGGCCGCACCGCCACCGCCCCAUCCGCCUCGUCGACGACGCCAACGUCGGCACCGCCAAGCACUUCGAGUACAUGUUCUACAUCGACUUCCAGGCGUCCAUGGCCGACGUCCGCGCGCAGAACGCGCUCGCCGAGAUCCAGGAGUUCACAUCCUUCCUCAGGGUGCUCGGCAGCUACCCCAUGGACAUGACGCCGUGGGACGCCGCGCCGUCCUCGUGGUCCUCGCGCGUCGACAAUAGCAGCAGCCAGCACUUGUAGAGAUUGCUGAAUGCUGAUCAAUCAAUCAGCCAAGGUAGCCACGGAUCGAUCGAUCAAUCAAUCAAUGGUGAAUUGCCACUUCUUUCAAUUAGGAAGGAAGGACGCACGAAACGUUUCUUGGUUCUUUCAUUCGCUUUUGUUUUGGAGGAGAUCAAACUGCAUCGCGUUUGGUCGAUGCUUUCUCCUCGAUGCUCCUAGCUCCCUUUUCGAUUUGUGUUCAUCAAAUCCAGAGAGGCGGUAGAGGGGCUCUUGUUGUACGCUGCUGGUGUAUGUAAGUACAGUAUAUUCUUAUACUUGUUUAAACCUUUGAAGAAAUCAAUCAUGCGAAACCAUGGAAUUCAAAAUGAAAACCAA